AUGCACAAGCAUGGAGUGGCUACCAUCUCACACCUUACAUCUGCGUCCGGUACGGCGUCGGCGAAGAGACCAACGACGACAGUGAUUACACCGUACUCGUAUGCGACGAGUAAAAUCGUCAAGACGGCAGUAGCGGCAGGUGUCAUUGUACUCGCAUUAUGCGGAUUGAUGUUGUUUCUCAAGAUCUCCGGCUGGAUCCGAUACCAUCAACGACUUCGCCGACAACGAUACAUGAACACUAUGCUUUUAUCUGAACAACGCACCAACGCGUAUGAGAUUGCAGCGUGGUCGGACGAGCCUGGUACCGCUCCAAUCACAACAGGCGGAGGAACUAGAGAGAAGAGCAAGAAGGAAAAGCGAGGGCUUGAAAGAGCUCAAAAACGGGCCGGAGUAAACGCUCAUGCGAUACAUGAGUGGGAAGGAGUUGCGUCUUGA